AUGUCGAACGAUUGGGGGAACGGCUGGGGUGAUACCCAAUGGAACAACAAUCAGUAUAACCAACAAUCUACAGGAUAUACUAACAAUGGUUGGAAUGACGACUUUUAUCAAAGUCAGCAACAACAGCCACAGCAGCCACAACAGUCACAACAGCCUGCACAGAACCCAUAUGGACAAACGCAAGCUUAUGGAAACUUCCAACAACCUGCACCUGCUCCGCAGAAUAAUAUGGGAGGAAACUCUUUUGGAUUCCCUGGCCAACAGUUCAUGUCUGACCCAAUGUUAGCAGCAGCUCAACAGUUUGGUGGUCAAUUCGCCGAACAACAAAAAGAAAAAUUAACGAAAUAUAUAACUGGCUUCAAUUUGAAAUAUUAUUUCUCUGUUGAUAACACUUAUGUCGGAAAGAAAUUAGCUAUAUUGUUGUUCCCCUUCCUUCACAGGGAAUGGGCUCCUCGACACUGUGGAGGUGAUGGGCCAGUUCCCGCUAAAGAAGAUGUUAAUGCUCCUGAUCUCUACAUUCCCAUUAUGGCUUUCAUUACUUAUGUGCUCGUUUCGGGAUUUGUUUUGGGAACACAAGGAAGGUUUUCUCCUGAAAUGCUUGGAAUCCUGACUAGUAAUGCAUUCAUCUGGGUGAUAUUAGAGAAUAUUGUUGUUUUUGUGAGCAAGUACAUUUUGAACAUUUCUCAGUCUUUAACGUUAUGGCAUUCACUAUCCUUCAGUACUUAUAAGUUUGUAGGAAUGAUCGCAUGCUUAAUUGUCUUCAUGACUGGAGGAAAGACUUUGUAUUAUUGCACAUUGGGAUACACAGCUUUUGCUUUGGUUUUCUUCUUGUUGCAAACUGUUAAGAACUUUAUUUUUGAUAGCAAUCAUUUCGGAGGUGAUGAUGGCCGGAAGAGAAAGUUGAUCCUCAUUUUAUUUAUUGCCAUCUCACAACCGUUUAUUAUGUGGUGGUUGACCAGUGGCGCAACUAGCUUCGAGUAUGGCAAAUAUGAUUUUGCUCGUUUGGCUAUGGAUAAAAUGGGUAUGGCUAAAGGUGGUUCUUCCGACGUGCCCUUAACUAUGGACGGCGAUGUUGACUACGAAGCAUUGUUGAAAAUGCCAAAAUAA